GUAAUUUUUGGCAAUAUGACGCCCAUAGUUAUAUUCUUCUAUUGAUACUCUUUAGGCAUGUUCAAAUUUAUUGGUGGAUCCAAUUUGACUAAUAUUAUUAUAAAAGUAUCAGAUCAUACUUUUACUUGCUUUUGCCUAAUUUUUUUUUAUUAUAUUUUAUUAUAGCAUAUAUGGUUCAGUCCAUCGUUUCCACAUUUUUUGGAGUCUGUUUUCCACACACUGUAGUAUGUGACGAAGAUAACGACGAGGUGUUUAUUCAAUUGUAUGAAGCCUCCUCUGCUAAAUUCAGCGUCAAAGUCAUCACUACAAUAGUCUUACUUGAAAAAUGUGUACAAGAGUUUUUUCCAGGAGCUGACAUUGAAGCAUUUUUAUGUAAAAAAGAGCCUUUGAUGAUGGUGGUAAAUGCGCUUGGCACUUCGUUUUUGGGAACCAUUUUUGAAGAAAAAUUUCAUCUCAAAUGCUUAUCCGCAUUUAUUUUGCCUUGUGUUCCUCUAAUUCCUGAACACAUGAAAAGAAUGGUGCAUCCUGACGUAUCUCCAAAUCAUUUUGAAGAAGGCAUAAAAAAUGGGUACUAUAUGGUCAGUCUCUCUCUUAAUCAAACAUUUGGACCUCCCGAAUUUCAUGCAACAGAAGAUCAGGAAAGUGACACAGAAAUUCCUGAAGAUGCUAACAUGCAACAUAACCAAAACUUUCUUAAUUCGGAUAACGACGAAAUCGAAAGUAAAUCUGAUAUGGUUUCACACACAGAAAAUGAAGAUGAAGAUAGACUAGAUAGCACCCAAGACAGCAUAGAAACUGAAAAUGUUGAGAGUAGUGACGAAGAGAGAGAUCAGUAUGAUAAUUUAUCAUCACAAGGUAAUGGAGAAUCUACCACAUCUCGUGAAAUUAAUGAGAGGUAUGAUGUCUCUUCUCAGGAACAGGAACCCAAUGUUAUACAGAAAACGGUUAUCAUAGCUUCGGAUACUUCUGAAUCCAGUCGGACUACACAAUCUUCAUCACCUAGUAGUAACACUCUUAGUAUAGUUGCUGCAUUAAAAAAAUCUCAUCUUCGAAGUAGCAGUCAAUACAGCUCUUCUUCCGAAAAAAGCAAAGGCUCAUCGGUGACACCACCUUUUCGCUUUGGCAGUAAUAACACUGCCCAACAAAAUCUAAAUAUAUAUAUUGCAAAUUCAAGAAGUACCAUGCCAUCUUCCAAAUUUUUUAAAACAUUAGGACCAAAAAAUGAUAAAUCAAGACCAAAAAAGCAAGUAAUAGCUCAAGAAAAAACGAAUGAUUAUGCUGCGUCAGAAACUCCUGAAAUUCAGGAACGUCAGUUAUCUCCUGCUUCCUUCGAGAACACAAAAACAAAAUAUGGUAAAAGAAAAAGAUUUAUUUCGUCUGGCAAUAAUGAAAAAAUCCAAACAUCUUGCGAUCCCGAGUCAUCAAAAACUAGUAAUAUUCAUACGCCUCCAAACAAUGAAGUUGUGUCCUACGACGAUGGUCAGUCAGACGAGUUUGAUAAAGUUACAUCAGAUUCGGACUUCUCUGCUGAAAUGCCUAAAACAAAAUAAGAAACAAAGGCAAAAAUUCUGCAACUAGUAGCAGUAGACUUAAAGACAGUUCAAAAGGGAAAAAGAAAGAGGGUGGUAAAAAAAAUGAUAGUACAAAAAAGAGUUAUGGCUCUAUGGAACAGUAUAUUUUUAAAAUCUAAUAUGUCUUUGCAAUCCCCCACCCCCCAUUUUUGUUUAUGUAAAAGAUGCAUACAUUACUUAUGAAUAAUUUAUUUAUAAAUGGCGUUGCUAAAUUCAAUGAUUGAAACUUGAGCCAAUUAUUUUAAAGUGGUAUUCAAAACCAUAGAUAUCUUAUUUAAUUUGCGUAAUACAGCUCAAUAGUGCCUACAAUAUUAUACAAUAAAUUACUUUUGGUCUUGGUUACCAACCCUUAAUGCACUUU